UGGCCAUAAUUAUUAGGAAAAUUUGCUUGAUUAAAUUAAUUAAUUGACAGGAAAAUAAUAUAUAGUUGUCGCACAAUGUGAAGGGAUUUGUAUGUUGGAGGCAGAAUACAAAAGGUGAACAUGAAUAGUUGAGGGGGGUGGUAAAAUAUAGCCAUCUUUAAAUUUAGUUAAAAAAAAAAAAAAGGUGGGAAAAUCGUGUGGCCACACCCUCGUUCCGAGAUUCUACCGACUCCAGCUAGCUCAGCAACAUUAAUGAACCUACGUCCUCCUGAUCAGGCCGACUUCCAACUUCUUUCAGUUUUCAUUUUCCUUUCUGCCCAAACAAACAGGGAAUUCUCUCUCUCUCUUUUUCUACUAAUUGCGAUAAUACUCUCUCUGUGCCUGUUUCUUGCCGUUGUAUAUUCUAAUUUGAAAGAAACUUCAGUUCGUUGUGAAAAACAAACUUCAUAUCCAGCGAUCAAUGGACAAGUUUCCAUCAAUAUUUCUCUCCCAUUUAUAUAUCUUAUUUUCUUUGCAUUCAAACAAAGGCAUAGACUUUUAAGAUAUUAAAAAAAAAAAAAAAAAAAAAAGCCGGUAGUCCUCUGUCUUUGUCGAGGACAACCACGGCAAUGGAGAAGAAACAUGUUUUGGUCAUGGCCUUUCCCUUCGGUUCCCAUGCAGCCCCUCUACUAGACCUCGUUCGCAGUAUCGCAUUCGCCGCACCGGACGUCAAGUUCUCCUUCUUGAAUACCUCCGCAUCCAACAAGUCUCUCUUCUCCAACGACAACAAUGACGGUGGCGGCUGCGAUAAUAUCAAGCCAUACGAUGUCGAUGAUGGGUUGCCGGUGGACUACGUCUUCUCCGGUAAUCCGCAGCAACCGGUGGAGUUGUUUCUCAAGGCCACGCCGGGAAACUUUAGGACGGCAAUGUAUGAAGCGGUGGCGGAGACCGGGAGGCAAAUCAGCUGCUUGAUCAGCGAUGCCUUUUUGUGGUUCGGCGCAGAUAUUGCUCAGGGAAUGAACGUCCCUUGGAUUCCUCUUUGGACUGCUGCACCCCAAUCCCUUCUUGUUCAUGUCAAAACCGACGAAAUCCGCGAAAAAGUUGAUAGGAUUGGUAAGGCCUUUUGGACCUUUAAUUGAUUUAUAUAUAUAAUUUUAUUCUACUGCAUCUGGUGGUUGUCGCCUACAACAAUGAUAAUCUAUCUAGCGACAACCACAACAUAUGUUGUUAUCGAUAAUAGUCCGGACACUGAUGGUGAUGUUGAUUAAUAACGCACAGGAUACGAUGAAAAGCAAAUAGUAGAAAUCAGUUCAGACUAUUCAAUCCAAGCAGCAGAUAUGCCAGAAGGAGUAAUAUCAGGGGACUUAGACUCAUGCUACGCAACGAUGCUAUUGAGAAUGGGAAGAAAUUUACCCAAA